UAAAAUUUUAUCAUAAGAAAAUGGCACCCUGGAUGUUUAAAAGUACUGUGUCAAAAUUAAUGAAUUUGCCAUUUGAAUAAAUCAUUUUAAAGAAAUAAAAAUGACUUCGCACACUACUCCAGUUGUUGAAGAAUUGGCCAAAGAUUAUGCAAGUUAUGCAAAAUUAGAUUUAUCCAAUCAGAUGAAAAGUUUUCACGAUACGAUUGAAGAUGUGAUGAUGCGCUUAGAAGAAUUCCAAUCAAUCAUUGAAAUGGUUCAGUCUGAAAGUUCACAAUGCAUGGAACAACAUAUUCCAAGAUUGCAAGAUAUGCAGCAAGAAGUCAUAAACCUCUGCAGAAGAAUAGAUGCUUUAGAGCACGUUAUUGCAAUGGCUAAUGUAAAUCUAACUACAUUAGAAGCUGCUGUUGAUAAUGCAGAAGCUGAAUUAGGCAUUUCUGAUAGACUAUUUGGAAUGUUAAAUCCUUUAUCUUUCUUUAAAAAAGCUCAAGAGCCCAUGGUACCAACUAAACUACCAGCAUUUGAACCUCCAACAAUUUAUAGAAGUGAUGAUUAUUUCAAAAACGAAUAAACAGUGCAUUUUACAAAGAAAUAAUAUCCAUUAAUUAGUCUCAUGCAUAUACAUAUGUCAGAUGUUAAUGAAAUAUCUAGAGGAUAGAUACAAAAUGUUACAAAUGAAACUUAUUAUUAUUAUCCAGCUCUAAUAUAUUUUGUUUAUUUCAAUUAUAAACAUGCAGUAAAAAGUAUGUUUUGAAAAACAA